AUUCAUACUAUUAUAUUCCUUGCAGUGCUUCUUGCUGCCAGCUCGUAUACGAAGGAGAUGACAGAUAUUGAAGCUUUGGCGUCAUUACCAAAGCGAUGCACCUACGAAUACGCAUACGAUAUGUAUGGUGCGCAUUGCGGUGGGUUGCGACUCAGCAAAAUACCAAAUCUUAAAGGAGGAAUUGAGAUUCUCGACUUUAGCGAUAAUAAGUUGCAAGAAAUUCAUGAUGACACAUUAUCAUACUACACGAGUAUCAAACAUUUAUAUCUAUCAGAAAAUCAGAUAUAUUCAAUCGACAAAGAUGCUUUUGCGUAUUUAACUUAUCUGCAGACUCUCGACCUCUCGAAAAAUGUCAUUUUUCAACUACCAGAAACAAUAUUUCAUUUGCCUUCGUUACGAAAGUUAUAUCUAAAUGGGAAUCCCCUGUUACACUUGAGUUUGAGUAGCAUGGUAAUAAGAAAACCUAUAAAGGCACCCUUGCAACUCUUGGAUUUAUCUGAGUGUAAGAUCAGAGAACUGCCAGAUUUGGGUAUACUUCCAUACCUGAUAUUGUAUAAUAUUUCUCACAAUCCGUUGACGUCGCUUGAUGCACAAUCGUUCAGUGGCAUGUGUAAACUAGCGAAGGUAGAUCUGACGGAAUCUAUUAAUAACAUUCAAGUGUGCGAUAUGAGAUUGAGUAUCACCUGGUUUCAGGAGAAGCGAAUAUAUUUCCAACUGGAUAAUUAUGAAAAACUUAACUCUCGAGAAUACGAAAACUGCCCCAGACCUGAGAUACCAGAAAGUCUCAAUGCUACAUACAACCGAUGUCGCAUGGAAUAUACUGAGAUACAAAACAUUAAAACAGCACGUCGUACGUGGUUGACCAUCGGUGGUGGCCUUGUCGGAUUUCUUGUGGGUUUUGUUCUGCUUUUAUAUAUUAUGCAUCGACACAAUGUAGCUCAGACGAAGAAAAUUACUAAAGAAGUGAAAAAAGUUUCACCUAUUGACGAGAAAGCUGUAACUGCAGUACUCCUUAAUAACAAAUCUUGAGAAUUGACGAAGUUUGAGGAUUUGCUUCUAUCUAUUAUUAACCUCA